UUGAAAAAUAAAAAUACAAAUAAUGUUAUCAGAACUUGAAAUACAAGCAGUUAUUGGAUUUACAGGUAUAUAGGCAAUAUUAUCAUUCAAGGUAGAAUUACUUAAGGGUUGAUUUUGCAUCCAGACAAUGAGGUAUUGUUUCAGUAAUGAUUAAAAGCAUAUAAUUUAUCCAUUAGGUUCCACUAUUGUUGUUAGACAUAUAAUUAGUAGAGCAUAAACAUUUUUAAGGUAUCAAUUCAACAUUAAUUUUGUUUAGAGGACAUGAUAAUUAGAUUUCUGUGAUAACAGUUUCUCGUUCAGGUGAUUAUGUUGCUUCUGGAUAAAGGACUUAUAUGGGAUUCUAAGCUGAUAUAAUAAUUUGGGAUUUCAAGGAAAGAAGCAUGAUUCAUAGAUUGAAAUUACAUAAAGUAUUGAUUCAAUCGCUCAGUUUUUCCUACAAUGAAUUAUACUUAGCCUCAUUAGGAGGAAUUGAUGAUAAAAAUAUGUUGAUUGUUUGGGACAUUAAAGCAGGAAAAGCUUUGUAUGGAACUCCUAAUAGAGAUCCAGUCAAUUAAGUUUAGUUUUACAACUAAUCAGAUGAAAAAAUGAUAGCAGUUUUAAAUACUGGAGUUUAAAUUUUAACAAUAGACAAAUAAAAUAAAAAGGUAUCACUAUAAGUUCCUAAUCAAGAUUUAAUCAGUGGAUGUGAGUUUUGGUAAUGUAAAGCGUACAUUCACUUGUGUUGCAAUUGAUAAAAAUGACAAAUACUGUUAUUGUGGUACAAAAACAGGAGAUGUAUUCGAAAUUCAAAUGGAUAUGGCAAUAUACAAAAGAUUAGCACCAGUUAAGAAAUUAUUCAGCCAAGGUGUAAAUUGUUUAGGUUUAUUACCAAAUGGCGACAUAAUAGUUGGUGCUGGUGAUGGAAUGAUAGCAAAAGUGUCAUACUAAACAAUGUAAAUAGUUGCUAGUAGUGAACUUUUGGGAGGAGUGACUUCAAUAACAUUCACAAAUGAUUAUACUCAUUUUUUCACAGGAACAAGUUAAAGUAAUAUUUAUUGGUUGGAUACUGAGAAAUUACUUCCAGAAUUAAGAAAUACUUGUCAUUAUGAAAGAAUUAAUGAUGUAGCAUUUCCUCAUAAUUAUUCAGAUGUAUUCGCAACAAGUUCAUUAAAUGAUAUUAGAGUGUGGAAUGCUAAAAAUAGAUAAGAAUUACUAAGAAUUUAAGUUCCAAAUUUAGAAUGUUGGGCAGUUGCAUUUAUGAAUGAUGGUAAAAGUAUAGUAAGUGGAUGGAGUGAUGGUAAAAUCAGAUCAUUCUUACCUCAAUCAGGUAGAUUAAUGUAUGUGAUUAAUGAUGCUCAUAUUCAUGGAUGUACAUCAUUAACAUGUACAUCUGAUUGCUAAAGAAUAAUCUCAGGUGGAUCUGAAGGAGAAGUUAGAGUAUGGGAAAUAGGCAAAUAAACAUAAGUCAUGAAAUCUUCAAUGAAAGAACAUAGAGGAAGAGUUUGGUCUAUUCAAGUUAGAAGAAAUAAUGAAUAAGCUGUAAGUGCUAGUGCAGAUGGUUCUUGUAUUAUUUGGGAUCUCAAAUCAUUCACUAGAGUUAUGUGUCUUUUCGAAAGUACUUUAUUUAAAAUGGUUCUUUAUCAUCCUGAAGAAAGUUAAUUAUUAACUACUGGUAGUGAUAGAAAAGUAACUAUAUAAUCAUUAUUCAUUUUUAGAUUACUUACUGGGAAACUUUUGAUGGUUAAGCUAUCAGAAUGUUGGAUGGCUCUGAAGAAGGAGAAGUAAAUGCUCUUGCUAUUACUAAAGAAGGAGAGCACUUCGUAUCAGGAGGAGAAGAUAAAGAAGUCAAACUUUGGGGUUAUGAUGAAGGAAUCUGUUAUUUUAAAGGAUAAGGCCAUUCUGGUACAAUCACAAGAGUACAAUUUUUGUUAUCUUUUAGAUUACUAUAAGUCCAGAUCAAAAAUCAAUAAUAUCAGUAGGAGCAGAAGGAGCUAUUUUUAUAUGGAAAAUGCCUGAAUCUGUUAUUAAUGCGAAAGCCUAACUUGAAUUACCUACUGUUUAAAAUGUCAAAAAAUAGAGCGAACCCCAACAAUAGUCACAAUAAUUACAAUAAUCUUAAUAAGCUCCUAAAGAUUCAUAAUCAUAGAAAUCUAAUCCUGCUGCUAAAUCAGUUAAGUCUGGAACCAAGUCAUCUAAGAAAUGA